AUGUCUGCCCAAGCUACCGCUCAGAACGACAGUGGUGAAAUUCAGCAUCACAGCCGGCCGAAUGAAGACAACGUAUGUCUCUGCGUUCCGGAGUACGCGAAACACAACCAACACCAGCGGAAGUACAACAAAUUUGUUCUCGAUUUUUGCCAACUGGCUUUUAGCACAGAGCCAGACCCGUCGCAACAGUUUCUCGACGUUGGCUGUGGCACGGGCGACUUCACGCGGGACGUCUUGCUGCCGCAGUGCUUGCCCUGCGGGAGAAUCGUCGGCGUCGACUGCAAUCGAGAAAUGAUCGAGUACGCCCGACGCAACUCGGCCCACGAGAAGCUCGACUUCGCAGUGCUCGACAUCGGUGCUGACGUCACGGAGUUUCUCGAAGAGUUCGGCCAGUUCGAUAGGGUAUACUCCUUUUUCUGCCUCAACUGGGUGGAUGACAUGACAGCAGCGUUCAAGAACAUAAAGAGGCUUCUGUCACCAAACGGCGAAUGUCUUCUCGUCAUCUGCGCCGCGCUGCAAGCUCCGGAGGCAUGGAAAGCACUGGCAAAAAUAGAAGGCUGGGCGAAGUACUCCGAGGUAUGUUUGAAAAGGAGGUCGAAAUGUGGGGACCAGAACAUUUGA